AGCCGCUAAAUUUGCGCCGGGGCCCACCGGAUAAUCGCCACUUUCUUACUGCACCAGACGGUAGCUUGACGGGACUGGUGGAUUGGAGGCCCGGUCGAGCUCGUCGCAAUAAAUACGCGCCUUCGGUUGAACUCGUCCAAAUCGGGGCAUCCGAUCUCCAGAAGUGUUACGGGAAUUGGCUUGACUCCGCAGUCGGGACGUGGAGCGGACCGUUGUUCUGUUGACUGCCGACGUCAGAGCGCACCCUCGUCACGCGGGAGAACUCCGUGUUCUGACUUACCCGUCGGUUCGUCCAGCCUGUCCUCUCCAUCCCUUUGCCCACCCUGGUCUGCCCCGUCUCCUUCCUGUCCUUCUGAGUAGGUGCUCCCCGGCGCUCCGCUCUCUCCUCUGCUCUCUUCAGAAGCUCGGUGAGUCUGUGGCUCAAAGCACUUCGUCGUUUUCCCAGAUCUCUAUCAAAGGUGGCCACAAAUCCUCGAUGCCAUGAUUGGUAUGCAUCAAUAAAUCCGGUGAUUAAGUGGAUAGCGUUUCAUGCGCAUGAUAAAUUUCGGAGGAGAAUUAUAUACCAAAAAGCAUGGGAAGACCCCAUCGAUCGAGCCGUACAUGGAUGAACUCGAAGGCGUAAGAUCCUGGCUAGGCCCCGCGUCAUAAAUGGGUAUCGAAGGUUGCCGGCAUUCAAGAAAACUGUUCGCUGUUUUCUUUCGUAAAAAAUUCUUGCAUCCUUCGCAUAUUCCCACUUCUUUCUCAUUUCCUCGCAUUGUGGAGCCGCUUUGGACAUCGUCUACCGAAUUUUACCGCUUGGUGGUGUCCAAUCAUUUUUCAUCAGGAUCCCCGACUAAAAUAUGUCAAAGGCACGAAGCGAGGCCGCACACCCACAGUGCAGAGAUGAGUUCUCCUAUUGGUGAUGUUCCUGCCAUUAUAUUCUCGAUGACUACCGAUGCGAAAGGUGGCAACUGAUCUUUGAUAUGGAACAG